AUAUACUUACUAUACCAGCUUUUCAAUCAAUGGUCGAUGGUCGAUGGAUCACGAUGGAUGGUGGGUGAUGAUGGGACGUAGUGAAAACGCUUUGCAGUUGCAUUAUAAAUUGUUGUAAAUCGUGACGAAUACUGAUGAAUACGCGAUUGAGUUAGCUUGAAAUAUCAUCGAAUUGUAAAUCAAUACGACAAGCAGAUAGCGAAACGAAAAACUGUAGUAUUCAUGCCACGAAUGUCCUACUUGUAUGGUGUGCGGUUGUCCUGGUGCGUUCCACUACGAUCGACCGAUCUAACCUGGCCAAUCUUCCAUCCGGAAUAAACGAGAGUAAGAUGUCCUCGACAUCGGCCGAUCGGCUCGCAGAUACCGUUCCGCGAGAACCUAUCGCCGCGAACAUAUGGGAAACCGUGUUGGGUUCACCGCGAUACGUGGUCGCGCCGAUGGUGGACGCGAGCGAAUUAGCUUGGAGACUGUUGAGUCGUCGUCACGGUGCACAUCUUUGUUACACCCCGAUGCUUCAUUCCUCGGUCUUCUGCAGAGAUCCGAAAUAUCGACGGGAAGCUCUUGCCAGUACCGCCGAAGAUCGACCACUGAUCGUUCAGUUCUGCGGUAACGAUCCAGAUACGUUGCUGGAAGCAGCGUUGUUAGCAGAGCCGUUCUGCGACGCUGUAGAUAUAAAUAUCGGCUGUCCUCAAGCGAUAGCGAAACGUGGACGUUACGGGGCUUUUCUUCAAGACGACUGGGAUCUGCUUGGUCGAAUCGUCGGUCGGUUGAGCAAGAAUCUUUGCGUACCAGUAACUUGUAAGCUUCGAGUAUUCCCGGAGAUCGAAAAGACCGUCAAAUACGCUCGUAUGCUAGAGACCGCUGGAGCGAAAAUGUUGACCGUGCACGGUCGUACCCGCGAGCAAAAAGGUCCGUUAACCGGUGUCGCGUCUUGGGAUCACAUUAAAGCUAUUAGACAGGCCGUCAGCAUUCCGGUAAUUGCCAAUGGCAAUAUACAAUGCUUGCAAGAUGCCGAAAAGUGUAUCGAGGAGACGAACGUUCACGGUGUAAUGUCGGCGGAAGGGAACCUCUACAAUCCGUAUAUAUUCGAAGCUAGGUACCCGCCUAGUUGGGAACCGGCAUUCGAGUAUCUAGAUUUGGUGGAACGUUAUCCGGCUCCACCCUCGUUCAUCCGUGGUCAUCUUUUCAAAUUGUUCCACCAUACACUUUGUUUAGCAGAGAAUAAAGAAGAAAGAGAAACUCUGGCUACGAAUUCUACCAUGGAAUCAUUUAAGAACGUCGUGCGUGCUUUGAGGGAUCGGUAUCUGCCUUAUCACGAAGGCCGUUUAGUUUGGCGGGAUGAAUCGGAUCGAUCAGAUUACAAUUUAAAGUUGCCUCCGUGGUUGUGUCAACCGUACGUAAGACAAUGCCCGGAACAACGCUCAGUGGAGAAGUCAGAAACGGAAGCGGAACAGAUGAAAACGCAAAGCGAAACGAUGAAGAGGAAGUUUACGGACGAAGAUGGAAACCAGAUUUCUCGGAAACGUUUUAAAAGGCUGAAACAAUUGGCGCGACGGCCGACUAAACCGAUGGUCGUUGGAAGAAGAGGAUCCGAUCUGUGUCAUAACUGCCCGAAUCCAGUGGGACUAAAGUGUGUUCACAAAUUGUGUCGGCAGUGCUGUAGAAACAAAUGUUUUACGGAGAAUUUGGAUUGCAUUGGACACAGGAAUUUAACGAAAACCAGAAGGCAAAUGGCAAUUGAAUUCGCCGCGAAACGGAAAACUACGCAAAAUACCACGACGUGACGACGUCGUACGGUAAAGCGUUGCAUUAAAUUAUAAAUACAAACAUAUACAUACGCAUCGUAUUUUAUCGACGUUGUACAGAUGUUAGAGCUAAGAAAAUACAGGAAACGUUUGUAACA